AUGGAUAAGGAAGAAGACAAAUCGAACCCUUCUACUGAUUUAAGGAAUGAGAAUACAACGAAAGAGGCCAUGAACAACAACAAUGCGAACUUCAUGGGAAAUGUCUAUGGCGAUAAGUGGGACAAUGACAGUAAAGAGAACAGCCUAAUAGAUGAAGCUAAUAAUUCAGGAAAUUCAUGGGAGCAUGCAGAUGGUAAAUCAGAGAUUGACAAGCUCUCUGCCUUUAAUGAAUAUCCUGGAGGUACUCUCCAAGAGAAAUUUAAGGAUGUCGAAGAAGUGAAGAACGAUUUUAGUAAUGGUCAAUUGGACACAGCUGAUAGUCCUAGCAAUAGAAAAUCUAAGCAAGAAGUACUCAAAAAGGCCAUCAAUGAAUGCAUUGAAAAGGAAUACUUGAAGGGCCUAGCUGAGAUGAUCAGAACAGAAAGCAAUAAUAUAAUGCUGCCAAAAUCUGAGUAUCUGAGAAUUUACCAACUGGAUGAAUCCCUCCUUCAUCUUUGAUAUGCGAAAUCUCUGAGAAUCGAUAGACCGAAAAUGUCUGUGUUCAGAACAAUCCUCACUUACUCAGAUUUGGAAUCAAAGACGGUUAAGAUAAACGAUGACACUAUUCUCAAUCAUGACGAUAUUAUCGAUGUGAUGCUUGAGAGCAACCAAGUCGAUAAUGAAGUUCUGAAUUACAUCAGAAAAAUACGAAAGAAAUGGGAUUUAGAAAAUAUUGUAUCUUUAUGUAUUAUGAAACAACGCUAUACACUAACCCACUCAGUUUUAAAAGAGUGCAAGCUUCCUUUCAAAGCUAUCUAUGCAAAGAUCGGUAUAGAAUUUGAUGCUAUUGAUAUUGUGUACCUUUUAAGAUGCAUGUAUCCAGAGUCUUCCAUUAAGAUGGAGAAGAGUUACUUGCCAUCUCUGCUUUUAUCUUUUCAGAGAAGUAACACUUUCUGGCUUGCAAAGCUUUCAAUGCUGAAAUCUCUGGUAGACCAUACCAAUUAUAUUAAAGCUGAAUCCUUUUUGUUAUACACUUUGAGGUCUCUAGAGAAAGAUGAUGUUACUCAAAAUCCAAUGUAUUAUGCUCCCAAUGUGCUCUUGUUCACUUGCAAUCUUAUCGAAGUUUGCAGGAUCCUUGUCAGUAAAUAUAAUUUUCUGGGGGCUUACACCGAAAAAAUUGAAAGUAUCCUUAUUAAGUCCACUGCAUCCUUCAUCGAAGAUAUUGAAGAUGAAUUUCAGUUAAGGGAGCUCGUCUUUGAGAAGGACUACGAAAACCGAGACUCGCUGGAUCUCCUUUCAAAGCACAACAUCGUUGACAUCAUGAACAACAAGAACAUGGAGAAGAUUGCUCUUGAGCUGUGGACUUCACAAUAUGAUGUAAAAGGGAGUUUAUUCACUACUUCAUCAGCUUUAAAGAUAGUGGCUUAUGACAGUUUCAAUAAGCCAAGAGACAUUUUAAAAGAUUUCUUCUGUUUUAAUUGGGAAUACAGAACAAUGGACAACUUCGAUCAUCAUUUGUACCAAUUCGAAGUUUGGAAAACCUCCAUGAUGGCUAAAUUUAUUACUGAAGGACUUUUCUUGGCAAUUCUGACAAUAAUUUUCCAAUAUUAUUUAAUGGAAGCUACUCAGGCUGCUACUGCAGUACAAAGUACCUUCUCUUCGUAUUCCGGUGAAAGCGAUCCUACGACUAUGCAAACAAAAUUUGAGACUUUUGAAUCCCAAUCAGUGGUAUACUAUAACAACAUGCAAAUUACAAUUUAUCUCGGAUAUAUAGCUCUGACUUUCCCAAUUCGUAUUUUACUGACCAUGGCUUUUGCGAAGAAAUCAAAGAGGUAUUUUGAGUUUUUCAGCGUUGCAAAUAUCCUCGAUAUUUGAAUCUUCAGUGUGUUCAUCAUCAGACUUUACUUGGAAUUCAAAUAUUAUACUGAUGGGCUCAACAAUGCGAGAGAUAGCGAUGAAAGAGGAAGAAUGUACUACGAUAACGUGUUCAGAGAUACUGGCUUCUCUGAUUAUUUGGAUUACCUUUACUCACUCGCAUCUGCUUGACUCUGGUUAAGAAUUAUUCUCCUUUUUAGACUGACCAGAUUCCUUGGACCGUUGGUGAAGAUGAUUCAAAACAUGAUGCAAGAUAUUGGAAUCUUCAUGGUCCUCUUUAUCACUCAGUUAAUUGUUUUCGCAUGUAUAGGAAACCUCCUCUUCUCUGAUGUCACAAAUUAUGAAGAUUUUUAUGAAGCAUGUAAGACACUAUUUGAUGCAACAAUGGGAUCUUACGAAUUUUCUGCAUUUGAUUCAAGCUCUAAGUAUAACAAGAUAGGCCAUGGCUAUAUCGUGAUAUAUGUGAUUUUAAACAAUAUUCUCUUGCUUAACCUGCUUAUCGCCAUCCUGUCAAGCACUUAUGCAUUGCUUGAGGAGAAGAAGUUAGUUCUAUAUAUCAAUGAAAUUCUGAAGUUAAGAUCAUCUUCAGAGUAUGACAAGAGGUGUUCAGCUUUAGUAUCAACCUUUCCUCCUUGGAACCUAUUUGCUUUAUUCUUCACUCCAGCUAUUAUGUUCCAAAAGAAUCCCAAGUUCCUGAAUUUGGUAUUGUUCCAUGUUGAGUACUUACCCAUCCUGGUCCUUCUUUUUGUUGUUUACCUCAUUGGUAAUGCAAUCUUCAUUCCUUUGGCUUACUUAAAGGGGAUCUAUGUGAACUUGCAGCAGAGCUGGAGUAACAAAGUAGAAGGAGCUCUUGCCUACAGAUGGCUAAGAUUAUUUGUCUGGAUCUUCUUUGGCAUUUUCAUUCUGUUUCUAAACUUAAUAGCAGACUGUAUUGUCUUCUUCAUGCAUCUGUACCAGAAUAAGAUGAAUUAUAGAAAGGAGCAACAGAAGACUAAGGCAAUUUCAGUCGACACUUAUAAUAAGAUUAAAGAAGCUUUCUAUGUCGAGCAUAAAAAUGGAAGGAAAAAGGUUUGUUAUGACAAGGUAAUAUUACCCAUGAGAGAAGAGAUGAAGGUCAUUGAGAACAUUCAAGUCUCAAUCUUUGGCAAUUCUCCUCUAAUAGAGACUGAAGUCAGUCAGGAUGAGGCAAUGGGUCAGCUUAAGGAAUUUGUAUUAGUUAAAAGAGUGCUACAUGCAUGCUGCAUACCUGGUGAUGACGAUAUUUUCAUUUAUCCAGAAAUCAUGAAAUCAAUUCUCCACGAGAUGAAGAUGUCAAAGACCCUAUUUGACCUUGUUAAAGUUUGGGAAGAGAACCAGAGUGUUAAUAAAAGUAUCAAAGUUCACGACCAUGUUGAAAAAGUUGGCCAAAAUGAUGCCAAAAAUAGACCCUAUUUAAGCAAAUUUUAUCAUAUCAACCUCAUAAGUCUCUUCGAAGCAGUUGAAGCAUCAAAAGACAAGAAUGCUCUUACAGACAUGGCAUCCAUUUUCAGAGGAGUAAAGGAAAUAGUUGAUAAUGCAAAGAAAGACAUCAUCAGAAAUCUGAAACCAGACAACUCUGAUUCUCUUAAAAGAAUUGAUUCGAUCAUGAGAGAGACCAGGACAGUUUCAAAGCCAAUGAAUUUUGGAAGAAGAACUUAAAGACCC